AUGGGUGUCUCCAUAUUUUUUUCUCCGAGGACUGCGCCGUCGCUCUUAUUUCUUGGUAUUAUCUGGUUAUGCGCUAUUGAUGGUGUACUUGGAGAGGAAACCUCUUUUUACAAAUCAAGACCCGACAUAUACCCUCCCGUCUUCAAUGUUGAAAAGUCCGAUCUAGAAAAACUUAGCCCGGGCUACAUCUUCAUCACGCCAUACGAACUUCAGAAUCCUGGCCCGUACAUUUACGACAAUACAGGGCAGGAAUUAGUAUGGAGUGGCUGGGGUAUUUCGGGGCCGGGCAACGGCCACGGCCUCCACGUGUGUAAGUAUAACGGCACCGAUCACCUAUGUUUCUUCCAGGGCAACCAGCAAAAAGGAUACUGCCGCGGACAUGGUAUCAUUAUGGAUAAAAACUACCGAAUUGUGCGAUCAGUUCAGCCGGGUGGAGGAAUGGCCUCGAGCGACAUGCACGAAUUCCGUCCCAUCAAUGAUGGCAGAACCGCUCUCAUGACCAUCUACCAGCAACGGCAAUUCGAUAUGACGCCGUGGAACAUCAGAACUGGCCUAGGGUGGCUCAUGGAGAGUGUUUUCCAAGAGGUUGAUGUGGAGACCAACGAGGUCCUGUUCGAAUGGCGGUCUCUCGAUCAUGUUGAUCCAUCAUUGAGCUAUACAUGGCCGAGUCAUACGGAUACUUCUGGGACGGGGUUGAAUGUACAUCAGCCUUGGGAUUACUUCCAUAUCAACUCUGUUGACAAAAACGCUGCCGGUGACUAUCUGAUUUCGUCGCGGCAUACUUCUGCCAUCUACAAAAUCUCUGGUAAAGACGGCUCCGUAAUUUGGCGGCUUCACGGCGCGCAGCCCUCUUUUCGGAACAUUAAUUUCAGCUUUUCGCAUCAGCACGACGCCCGGUGGUUACAUGAGAAUGCUACGCAUACAAUUCUCUCACUUUACAACAAUGGUUAUAACGGCUUCAACAAAACCCAUACCUAUUCAGCGGGUAUGAUAAUUAUGAUUGACCACGAGGAAAAAACAGCAAUCCAGCUCCGCGAUUAUGUCCCAAUUCAAAACGACUUAGUGAGCUCUAGCCAGGGAAAUCUGCAGAUGCUCCCCAAUCAAAAUGUCUUCAUUGGAUGGGGAAAUAAUCCAUUCGUAUCGGAGCACGACGAAGCGGGCAAUCUACUGUUCUGGGGCUCUUUCGCCAAAGACACUGUGAUGAACUACCGCGCAAUGAAGUUCGAAUGGGAUGGUGUGCCAACAGACUCUCCUGCCCUAUGGACAUACUCCCGCACUUCAGAACCAGUCUCUUCCACUAGCUUCUAUGUCAGUUGGAACGGCGCGACCCGCGUCAACACGUGGCGAUUUUGGGGAGCGAUGAACAUCACUGGGCCUUGGACUGUGUUGGGCGAGGUUUCCAAAACAGGCUUUGAGACCGAAUACACCAGCGACAGAUUCUUCCUCUGGUCUAAGGUCGAAGCAGUGGAUCGUGAGGGCAUUGUGCUGGGAAAGUCUGAGGCCAAGUAUACAUUCGUGCCCUCGUCUGGGCUGCGCGAAUUCUGUGCCGCUUCUACUUGCUUGGAUGCACCGGGAUAUGGGUUCCCUGGCGAAGAGGCAGCCCUCCCUUCCAUUCCACCAGCAGGUGUCAAUACUGUACCGUGGAUUGGCUCCAAUAUUUGGACAAAUGCCUCGGCCUAUUUACACCCUUCUGGUGCUCCAAAGCACCCAAACUCAAACGAGCAGAAUAAUAACCACCUCAUUGCCUGGAGCGCUGUUUUAAUCGUGGCGAUCCCCCUCUUCGCUGGAGUCUUCCUCGCAUACCGAUACCAUAACAAGCAUUCGCUUAACCGACUACGAGAUGGGGAGUCCUCCAGGACUAUGAAUGGCAUGGCUGAGCGGAAACAUCCUCCCGUGCAAGCCAUUGAUUUACCCUGGUGGUAUUGGCGCCGGUGGAUUUCUGAGGACGAAGCAGCCUCCUACCUCCCGCUAGGCGAGCGGAGUCCAUACAGCCACAAGCGUGAGCGAGAAAGGAACGAAUAG